UAGAAAAGUAAAUUAAUUAUAAAAUGAGCUCAAGUGACUAUGAGGGUAUUGACUGAGAGAUGAUUCAUGAUAAAACGUUAACACAGCAUGACUGAGUGUUUAAAAUCAGUAUCAUUGGAGACACUUCAGUUGGUAAAAGCUGUUUGCUCAAACGAAUCACUGACAACGAGUUCAAAGAAACAUAUGAGUUGACGAUUGGGGUCGAGUUCGGCUCAAUACUCUUCAAAAUGCAAGAGAAAAUACUCAAGCUCCAGAUCUGGGACACUGCUGGCCAAGAAAACUUCAAGUCCAUCACCAAGAUUUUCUACCGAGGCACCCACUGUGUGUUCCUGGCCUACGACAUCAGCAGAGAAAGCACCUUCGAAAACGCAGAAAAGUGGUUGAAAGAAGUCAGGCAGAACAGCGGAAGUGAUGUUAUUGUGUUCUUGGUUGGAACCAAAGCAGACGUGUCGCCCCGAGCAGUCACUGAGGAGCAGGCGCUCGAGUUCAAAGAAAAGCACAAUCUCCACUACUUCAUUGAGACUUCGGCCAAAACGAACCUCAACAUUGAGAGUUUAUUUACUGUGGCAGCUCAGAAGCUCUUCGUCAAAUAUAAAGCAAAGAUUGAGAACAUGGUCGAUGAGAGUGAAGGAAAGCCUCAGUCAGCAGGUCCUUCGAAGUUCUUACUUGACAGAGGCGACAAAACCGAAGAGAAGAAAAAGAAGUCGGGGUGUGGAUGAUAACCUUUUUGGCCGUAAUAUCAAUAAUACUAAAAUCAAUUAAC